AUGAGUCCACCGAGAAACUGGCUAAAGAUUAACACUGAUGGUGCUUGGGAUCCUAAUUCUGAAAUUGGGGGUAUGGGUUUCUUAAUUAGAGAUUCCUCUGAUCUGUUUAUAUAUGCAGAGUCGAAGAAUUUAAUUUGCUUUUUAACGGAAGAAGUAGAGAUAUAUGGAAUUAGAGAGGCAUUAAGAGCUGCGAAGAGAUUGAAGAUGGAUCGAAUCAUCAUCGAAGGGGAUGCUGCAGAAGUUAUUGAGAAAAUAAAGAGAGAAAAUUUCCUAGGAGACCAAAGAACAUAUUACUUGUAUCAAGAUAUCAGAGUCUUAAUCCCUAGUUUUCAAUCAAUACUCUUUAACUUUGCUAAUCGCACCUGUAGCGGGGAUGCCCAUGAGUUACCCCAAUGGGACAAGAAAAAUGUAAACCAAAUGGCUUGGUCUAUGCCACCAGGUUGGCUCAUUCCUGCCCUGUGUGGCGACUUCAGGAGGGAACUACCUAGUGGUCUGUAA